UCCAUCUUAUGUGAUACGUGCCUGGAUUGUGAUUGCAUACAAGAGAUGAAUGGUAGUAACGUUUCGAAUAUUUGACAAGGCGUGUCCAUUACGCGAAGAAUCAACACGAAGCAUUUUGCAUACACCUUCAAAUAUGCGAACGCAAUAAGUGAAUAGAGAAGGUGUAUUAAACACAUAUCGUAUUCAUAUCGUUAUUUAUAUUAUAAGGAACUUAUAUAACCAAAUUAUCUGUUUAAGAUUUCCAUAAGUGGUGAAUCAAAAUGCAUUAUGGAAAGAAGUCUCCCAGCAUGGGAACGCCGUCUGUAUAUUCCCAUGUAACUACUACUCGUAGUAGUGCAAAUCUCAGAUCUUCUAGAUCGGCUCGCAGUGUAAAAAUUCCAUGGUAUCAAAAGCCAAUAGUGACGCAUGCUUUUAUACUUGACAUUCAAAGAGGUGCUAUGUUUACUGCUAUAUUUGCAGCGUGCCUAGCCUUUUUUACGAUAUGUACAGCUGUUUUUGAUAUCUACUGCCUUUCACAAGCUACACCUGGCUCUACACACUAUGGCUAUUAUAUUAUAUCAUAUGAAUUUGUUUAUGUCGGUAGUCAACAUGUUCGAAACGCUCUGAUCGUGUUUGCAUUAUUCUCCAUGUUGGGUGGAAUAGUUGUUUUUGUAACAUCUUUAAUGUUGAUCACAGCUUUGCGAAAAGAACAUGAAAAGAAAAUGGUGCCAUGGUUAUAUAGUUUUGCCAUUUUUACUCUUUUCCGAUUAUUUGCUUUUAUAUUCUUUAGUAUUGUAAAUGACAUGAUAUUCGCUUACAAUAUCAUGAUGUGUCUCCUGUGGAUAAUAUUUGUGUGCAUUUCUGCAUAUGGUUGGCUUAUUGUAUAUUCUCUAUAUCUUGAACUAUGUGAUCUAACAAGAUUGGAAGAUCUGGCUCAUCUGCGGAUUGGUACAAUGCAGUCUCUGAAUGCAUCAACAACACAUUCCAUUGCUGGUUCUCGACCUACAACGCCUCAUAGUGCAGUAUCAACUAUGCCUGUUAAUUAAAUUAUAUACAUAUGAUACAUAUGAUACAUACGAUACAUAAUUUUAUAGUAGAUGA